CUAAGCAGGAGGACACCAACGGCUCCAAGCAGGACCCACACAACCUCUUCUCCCCACACUCGCCCAAAGCUGAGCCCAAGCCCGAGCCCGAGCUCAAGCCUGACCCGUCGCCAAUGUUGGCGGCAAAGAGUGAGCGCUCAGAGUCUAGUACACCAGUACCCGUAGAGCCAGAUGUAAAGCCCCGUCCCAAGGGCCCGCAACUCAUAGGCGACCUGCCUCGCGCAGAGGCGGCGGCCAUGAGCACGUUCGUAGAACUCCCGGGGAACCAUUACCAGUAUGGCACCCUGGGACGGGCACGGGAGGCCUUUGAGGGCAUGGCCUGCGAUUGUCAGUUCGAGCCAGGCGUCAGCGACCCCUCGGACGCAUGCGGACCCCACUCCGACUGCAUCAACAGGCUUACGGAGGUGGAAUGUAUCCCAGGAGAGUGUCGAUGUCGAAAUUACUGUCAAAACCAGCGCUUUCAGCGCAAGCAGUACGCAAACAUCGAAGUUGUCCAAACGGAGAAGAAGGGAUUUGGUCUUCGCGCAGGUUCAGACAUACCAAAGGACGCUUUCAUUUACGAGUACGUUGGCGAUGUCGUGAGCCACCCGUCGUUUCUGAAGCGCAUGCGGGAGUACGCGGCGGAGGGAAUACGGCACUUUUAUUUCAUGAUGCUGCAGAGUAACGAAUACAUCGACGCGACGAAACGUGGAGGCAAGGGGCGCUUUGCGAACCACAGCUGUAAUCCCAACUGCUACGUCGCCAAGUGGACGGUCGGGCCCCAUGUUCGCAUGGGCAUUUUCGCCAAGCGGGCCGUCAAGCGUAACGAGGAGCUGACGUUCAACUACAACGUCGACCGCUAUGGUCAUGACCCACAACCAUGCUAUUGCGGCGAGCCACAGUGCGUUGGCUUCAUUGGUGGAAAGACCCAGACGGAUAUUGCGGGCAUGGAUGACCUCUACCUCGACGCCCUCGGUAUCUCGGACGAGGUCGAGAAGUACGGACUGAAAGGCAGCAAGAAGAAGAAGGGCAGAAAGCUCGACGAGGACUACAUGCCGGAGCUCACGCCAAUCCUUCUCAAGGACAUCCCGAAGGUGGCGCAGGCGGUGCGCAAGACGCCGAGCAAGAAGAUGCUGUUCAAGCUUUUGACAAGAAUAAAGCUAACCGAGGACCAAGCUGUCCUUCGCCAGUUCAUGCGAUUACGUGGGUUUAGUCUCAUGACGAAUAUAUUUGAGGACUACGAAAAGGAGGAAGAUAUUGUCCUUACUGCGCUCGAGUGCAUGGUCAACUGGCCGCUCAUCCAGCGUAACAAAGUGGACGAUUCCAAGAUUCGUAUACCCGUCCAGAACUGUCUAAACUUGGAGAACGAGACGAUCAAGGGGCUCGCUCAGAAGCUGCUUGAUUAUUGGGAUACGCUGGAGGUGGCCUAUCGCAUCCCCAAGCGAAUAGCUGAUGGCGAGAUCGUCGAGACCGAGACAGUUGUCAUCAACCCAAUCACAUCCCAGCCGUCACUCAAGCGCGUCAAGGUCGACCUCACGGAAGAAGAGGAGCGCGCUCGGCUUCACCUCCCUACCGCCCGCGGUUGGCAGCAAAAGGCGAACGUGGGCCUUUCGCGUGCGCAGUUCGUGCCCCCACCACCGACGCCUCCCGCAGUCGUGCCGCCGCAGAUGGAACAGAAGAAAACUGCGGAGCAAAUGCGCAUGGACAUUGCCGCCGUCAUUGCACAGGCCAAUGCUGCAGCAGAGGCCGAGGCCCGAGCUCAGGUUACCGCGACGGCGGCGAAGCCCCCACCUAUCGAGCCGAGGAAGGAACGCAAGGAGAGGAAGGAGCGCAGGGAGAAGAGGGAGAAGAAGCGGCAGAGUGCAGAGGAAAAGGAGGCGGGCAAGGAGAAGAGGUUGAUGAAGCUCGUUGGCGCCGUGGUCGUCAAGUGCAUGUCGAAGCAUUCGAAGCACUUUGACCGGGACCAAUUCAAGAAAUACGCCAAAGAGCUUACGCAGGUGAUAACGGAGAAGGAGAAAAAGUCGAACAGUUACAAGGAGAACAAGCUCGACUCGCUCUCGGAGGAGAAGACAGCCAAGAUCAAAAAGUUUGCUAAGGAUUACAUCGCCAAGGUCAUCCGCAAGCUCGACAAAUCGAAGCUUAAGUCGUCGUCUUUGACUUCUGCCUCUGCCACCGCCUCGACGUCGCAGACGCCAGCGCAGGAACAAAAUACUCCGGAGCACGAGGGCGGCGGCGGGAAUGGCGGGAUGACAAUGUCGGUGGAGAAUGCGCUGGAGAUGGACGAGAGCGAUUCGGAGCCAGAGGACGCGGACGGCGACGCAGAUGGGGACGCAGCUAUGGCCGACCCGUCUAGUGUUGACGACGAUGCACUGCACUCACACUCCUCGGAUGAUGUCGCGCCUUCCCCGAUUGAAGGUGUCGCACUCCCAACAGGCAUGUCCGUUACCCCACUGACCCCGCCCGAUCCAGAAGAAAAGACGGGGGACGCGGAUGUCGAGAUGCGCUCGGAUUCUUAGAUUAAGUCUUGCGUGGAUUAUUGCUUGCUUUGCUUUCUUGCCUUCCGUUUAUCGUACAUACACCUCGUUUGUUGUUAUUAGUAUAUUAAGAUACGG